AUGGGGCACCUGGUCACUCUAGCAACAUGCUCUUUGAAUCAGUGGGCUCUCGACUUUGAGGGCAACGCGGAGCGUAUCAUUGAGAGUAUUAGGCGAGCUAAGGCUGCUGGUGCCACUUUGCGCGUUGGACCAGAGCUCGAGAUUACCGGCUAUGGAGUUCUGGAUGGUUUCCUUGAGGGCGACACCUUCUUGCACUCAUGGCAAAUGUUUGCCCGCAUCAUCGAUCACCCCGAUUGUCAGGAUAUUGUCGUUGAUGUCGGAUUGCCGGUUCGCCAUCGCAAUGUGCGCUACAACUGCCGUGUGAUUUUCUACAACCGGAAGAUCGUCCUGAUUAGGCCUAAGAUGUGGCUUGCCAAUGAUGGCAACUAUCGCGAGCACCGACACUUUACGCCAUGGCAGCGUCCACAGGAGGUGGAAGACUACUACCUGGAAUCAAUUGUUGGAAAGAUUACUGGCCAGUACAAGGUUCCAUUUGGUGAUGCCGUUAUCAGCACGAGAGACACAUGUCUCGGCCUUGAGACGUGUGAGGAGCUGUUUACCCCUAAUGGCCCUCACGUUCCAUAUGGCCUAGCUGGUGUUGAGAUUAUCUCCAAUUCUUCGGGCAGCCACCACGAACUGAAGAAGCUUGACACUCGUAUCAAUUUGAUCACCCAGGCUACCAAACUGAGCGGUGGAAUCUAUCUUUAUGCCAAUCAGCAAGGCUGCGACGGUGAUCGUCUGUAUUAUGACGGAUGUGCUAUGAUUGUCGUUAACGGUGACAUCGUGGCUCAAGGUUCACAGUUCUCUCUGAAUGACGUGGAAGUCGUCACUGCAACUGUCGACAUCGAAGAAGUCCGCACCUACCGGUGCAGCGCAAGCCGUGGAAUGCAAGCGAGCAAGCAGUCGCCCUAUGUCCGCCUUGAUCUUGACAUCAGACUUUCUCGCCGGGAUGAAGAUGCCGAGCCUAGCCUCGCGACUGCUCAGCCUAUCAAGCCACGGUACCAUUCUCCCGAGGAGGAGAUUGCUCUGGGGCCUGCCUGCUGGCUAUGGGAUUAUCUUCGGAGAUGUGGAGCCGCUGGUUUCUUCCUUCCUCUAAGCGGUGGUAUUGACAGCUGUGCCACUGCAACCAUUGUGCACUCCAUGUGUCGCGAAGUGCUCAAAGCAGUGGGAGAAGGGAACGAGCAGGUCAUCAUGGAUGUCCGCCGGCUGUGUGCGAAGCCAGCAGAUUCGGACUGGCUUCCUACCACCACCCAGGAAAUUUGCAAAUCUAUCUUCCAUACCAGCUACAUGGGCACACAAAACUCAGGCCGGGAGACACGAGACAGAGCUACUCGACUGGCCAAUGAUAUUGGGUCUUACCAUAUUGACUUCAACUUCGAUACUGUGGUCACUUCUAUCAUGAAUCUCUUCACUGUUAUCACUAACUUCCAGCCUCGUUUCAAGAUGCACGGGGGAUCUCCUGCGGAGAAUGUCGCGCUUCAAAAUGUGCAGGCUCGGAUGAGAAUGGUUCUCUCAUACCUGUUUGCCUCGUUACUGCCGACUGUGCGUCAACGCCCUGGUGGUGGUGGCUUGCUUGUUCUCGCAUCAUCUAACGUUGAUGGCUAUCUCACCAAGUACGAUGCCAGCUCCGCCGAUCUCAACCCCAUCGGCUCCAUAAGCAAAGUCGACCUUAAGAAAUUCAUUUCCUGGUCCGGCCGAAGCUUCGGCCUCCCGAUCCUCGAAGAAUUCAUCCACGCAACACCCACCGCCGAGCUGGAACCCAUCACGCACGACUACGUUCAAUCCGACGAAGCCGACAUGGGCGUUACGUACGCGCAGCUGGGUGUUUUCGGAUACCUGAGAAAGGUCUCCAAGCUAGGCCCGUACUCUAUGUACGAGAAGUUGCUCCACAUGUGGGGCAACGAGUACAGCCCGCGCGAGAUCUACGAGAAGACCCGCCAUUUCUUCUACUAUUAUUCCAUCAACAGACACAAGAUGACUGUUCUUACGCCUAGCUACCAUGCUGAGCAGUACUCGCCGGAAGACAAUCGUCAUGAUUUGAGACAGUUCCUUUACCCGCCGUUUACUUGGGCGUACCAGAAGAUGGAAGAAAACGUCAAGUACUGGGAAUCUAAGGGAUGGACUACUGGCAAGGGAGGGAAGAAGAGUGUCAAGGCUGAUUAG